AGUGCGGGUAGAACAAAUUUUUGGAAGUGCGCUAUAAUAAAUAAAACUUUAAUUUUGGUAAAAGCAAAUAUGGAGAACGAUAACGGGUGGGAUUUCAAUGCUCCACAAUAUGUAGACUUUUCGGGAGCACAAGUUUUAGAUGAUGAUGACAAUGCUGACGAAUAUUUCGACUAUGACCACGAAAAUGGCGUCCCUAUUAAUAUAGAAAAUGACACAAAUAAUGGAACAAUUGAUGGUGCCCUGUUCAGUGAUGUUUUCUCUACACCACAGAGUGAGAUGAGACAGACACGAGCAUCAGCUAAUGCAAAAAACCAAGCAGUGUCAGGGACCCCAAAAGCUGGUACACCCAAGAGAGUUGUGUGUUCAAAGUCAUCAGGAUCAGGAACACCAAGUGUUGGCACACCACAGAGGGUGGCACGUUCCAAGUCAACUACAGGUACACCCCAAAGAGUUCCAAUGUCAAAAACACCAUCCGGUAUAGCUAACAAUGUGGAAGAUAGUGCGUCACCUGAACUACGAAGGAGACCAGAACAGACUGUUCGAGUUACUAAAGAUGAAGAAAAAAUGCAAACACCAAGCCCAAGAGUGACUCGCUCAGGAAAAAUGAUCACACCUAAUACUGUUGAAAAACACUAUGAAGCAAUACAGAAGAAAAAACAGCCACCAAAUAACAUAUGUACAAACUUGGAGGAAUGGAAAAAGAAAACCACUGGUGCUAAAACUACACAAAAUCACAAAGAGGCGUCUGUCAAAGAAGAACAGGCAGUUAAACCAGUAGUGAAACGACAGCACAGAUCACUUGAAAGGUCAGAUUCGUUACCAAGGAGACAGAAGCCAGUUGUUCCAGAGCGAGGUCGAACACCAAACAAACAUGCCAGUGGUCUUACACGAAGCAGCUCUUUCUCAACAAUAAAUAAACAGUCCAGUAAUGAUAGUGCAAGGCGCAAGAAUCAUACACGCGGCCUGUCUGGAGAACGUCCAUCCCAGAGAACCAGAUCUGGAUCCAACAGCUCUGAAACUGACAGAGGCAUAACUAUACCAACCACUCCAACAUUGUUAAAACGUAAACCCAUCAAGAUGCAAGCACAGGGAGCUGUGAAGAAUUCAGAACAACUUGAGAUUGAGAAAAUCUCCUACUUCAGACAGGAACUAGCAAAGAAACGUAAACUUGCACAAGAGUCUUGUAAAGUUGCUUUAAGUGCAAAAGCACCAGCUUGUGUAGUGCAAACAAAGGAGUUAACCAAGCCUGAAGGAUUUAAGUUUGAAACUGACUCUAGAAUAAAAACUCACAAUAUGGAGACAAGACACGAUAGUGAUGUCAAGGAUUUUGCUACUUCCCUGAGAUCUGACAAAGGAAAACAGCCAAAUAUCUCGUCAAAGCAUACUAUAACGAAGCCUGAACCUUUCAAACUGUCUGCACAACGGAAGAGGAAAUUACCUGACCUUGAUGAAAAACAAGCUGAGAAAUACGAGUCCAUGGCAGAGAGACUCGCUCAGUUUACAAAAACACCAGACAGGUUCAGGUCCAAAUCAAAAGCUGGUCCCUCAGAACAGAAACGUGGCAGGUCAAAAUCUCCACAUGGCAUAACAGUGCCAAAGACUCCACAGUUUGAAACCCGGACUAGAAGCAGACCUGUUACCGCCCCAACCAGAGAAGAUAUGGAAAAGAUAGAAGUGGAAGAAAUGCAGAAGAACCAGUUCAAAGCACAACCAGUUAACCCAAAGAUUUUCAAGAACCCCAACACAGGAGUGCGGAAAGUACCCACAAAGGCACCCACAGUACCAGAGGAGUUCCAUCUGUCCUCAAAGAAUCGACAUCACGAGAAAGAAAAGUCUGAGGAACAGUAUCAUUUCCAUGCUCAACCUCUCAACAAGAAGAUAUUGGAAGGCACUGUAGGUGUGAAGGAAGCAAAGAAGUUGGCCCCUACUGUACCAGAGUCCCCUGCAUUUGCUCUGAAACACAGAGCAAGAAUUCCUGUUGUGGAACAACCAAAGGAUGAUAAGCCCAAUCUGCGUUCCCGACCAGCUCCACAUUUCGGAAUACCUUUCCAGCCUCAUUUCGAGCAUAAAGCUACAGAACCUGAGCCUUUCGGUUUUGAUGAAAGGGAGAAAAAGAGAGCUGAAGAGAAAAAGAAAAAGAUAGAUCAAGUCCUGGAUGAAGAAAAAAAGCAUAGGGAGUUUCAUGCUAAUCCUAUGCCAGAUUUAAAACCCCAUCUUCCACCAAAGAGGAAUCGUCCCCUUACAGUAAAGCAGCCUUUUAACCUCGACACUGAUAACCGUGGAGCCAAGAAAGCAGAGGAAUGGAGUAAAAAGAUGCACAAUGAAUUGGAGCAUCAGAAAGAGAUGGCACGAUUUAAGGCCAAGAAUCCUACAGUGCUGGAACAUGAACCAUUCAUACCUCAUAAGGAAAACAAGUAUACAACAGCAGAUAUCAGUGAGUUUGAAUUCAACACAGCCAAACGCAUGGUGAAGAGGGAAGCCUUCGAAAUGCACAAAAAAGCAAAACAGGAUGAGUUAGAUAACAUACGAAUUCAAGAACAGAGAAUGAAAGAAGCCGAAGAACGUGCAGAAUUUGAGAGAAUGCGACGAGAGGCAGUACACAAGGCAAACCCUGUCAAACAGUACAGGCGUAUGGCAAUAAAACCCAGUGAAAAGCCUUUAACAGCACCUAUGUCCCCACACUUUCAGACAGACACUAGAUUGAGAACUAAAGCCAUGCAUGGAGAAAGUUUUAUGUCACAGUAGUAAAAUGUGAUCAAAAUUUUAUUUAGUAUUUAUUGUUUUAGUUAAAAAAGAAAGAAAAAAGAGAAUGUUUGUUAAUAAAGAAAAAUAUCUUGAAUAUUUGAAGAAGGGUGUAGUGGUAAUUGAUUUUCAUGAUUUGCUUUAUCAAGUAUUCUUCGAAUUUCAGCUGGUCUCGGCCCUCGUCGAUCAAGUAGUGGAUAAAUACAUACAAAUUGUUAACUACACAUUAUUAUGUUUCCCACACCACUGUGUGGUGGGAACCAUAUUGAUUUACUCCUGUCUAUCUGUCCGUCCGUCACAAAUCUUGUCCUCACUCUUAAGUCGAAAAUUUGUCAUCUGAUUUUCACCAAACUUGAAUAAAAUGUGUUUGCCAAUAAGUCCUUAGCCAAGUUCAGUAAAUAGCCAAAUCGACCCAGGCACUUAGGAAUUAUGGCCCUUGAAACUGUUUUUGAUAAUCAAAGCACUGAAAGUCUGAUUGGUUUCUUUUUUGAUAAUCAAAGCACUGAAAGUCUGAUUUGGAAUUCAGAAUAUAUAGGGAGUAGUGUUCUCAUCCGAUCUUAUACUACUAUUCAGAUGAUUAGGCAGUUGUGGGAAACAUGAGCUUUUCUCAAAAGCAGCAGCUGCUCUAGUUUUUAAAGUUUUUCAGAAUUUAGAAAGUGCUGGAUAAAAGGUCAUUACCUUGCUUAGUCACAAAUAGUUAAAGUUACCUAUGAUCUGCAGAAAUAAAUCUUUUUGGACAGAUUUCAGGUUCAUAAAUGAUGUUUCUAAUUAUAUAUGAGAAAAUAUUCUCAGUACAUUGUAUAUUUGAAUUGAGUGAGAUGGGAGUGUAGUUAAACUGCAAUGGACAAAAAAUCUCAGAAAUUAACAGUUGAUACUUGUUUCUUUAUAGACAAUAAUUUAACUUUUUGUUGGUGUCUGUUGAAGAUACAUACAUUGAACACGACUAUAAUUGUUUGUGUCUGUCUUUGAACUUAAUUGUAUUUGUGAUAAACUGUUUUUACAUACUUGUCAGUUUUUAUUUGUAUUUCUGUAUCUGUUUUUAUGAUGUAUUUUUUUUUUUCUUUUAUUGUACAAAAUUGUUUUAGCAACAACUUUCAAAGACUGCAUAAAAAUCAUUUAUAUUUAAAUAAGGAGUUUUUGCUUUUCAAAAAAUGGUAGUGGUUUUGAAAAAAAAAAUGUAUAAAUUUAGAAUAAUUCAAUUUUCUUAAACAGAAACUUCUUUGAAGGUAGGAAAUUAUUACUCGUCAUAUUGACAGUCUGUAAUGCUAGAAAGUUGGCAGUUACCUGUAGAAAAAAUAAUACAGGUGAAAUAUCCAGGAUGUUACUAGACCGCUGUUAACAGGAAAUGAUGAUCGAGUUGAAAUGAAAUACAGUAAUUACAAUAAUAUGCAGCAGAAAGGUAUGGAAAAAGUCAGUUCUGAUACUUAAUUCACUAUUAGGCGAAUUCUGUACACACGGUAUUGAAACUACCAGAAAUUUGUUGUGCUGUAACCUCCCUUACCCCUGGUAAAUUCUUCAGUUUAAAGUUUAGAUAUCAGUUUAUCAGAAUUUAAUUUUUUUCCUUUGUAAAACCAACACAAAGUUUCAAAUUAAGAAAUUAAUGUUAAUUCAGUAAUACAAAUAGAUUUGAAAGAAAUGUGUAAAAAAUCAAAGGCUGUAUAUGUGGGGCAAAUUUGAAUAAAUAAUAUAUGAGCCGUGCCAUGAGAAAACCAACAUAGUGGCUUUGCGACCAGCAUGGAUCCAGACCAGCCUGCGCAUCCGCGCAGUCUGGUCAGGAUCCAUGCUGUUCGCUAACAGUUUCUCCAAUUCCAACAGGCUUUAAAAGCGAACAGCAUGGAGCCUGACCAGACUGCGCGGAUGCGCAGGCUGGUCUGAAUCCAUGCUGGUCGCAAACCCACUAUGUUGGUUUUGUCAUGGCACGGCUCAUAUAUAGUUUAAAUUAUUUCAAAUCCUUGUACAUGUUGGUCUGUUUCAAGAAUAGCUAUACAUUUUGUUGAAAAGCAGAGUUUAUAGUUUCAGUAAAGAAGCAGCAGUCAGAAUAUAAAUGAACUAAUUGCUGCCAGUUAAGUGAUGUCAGAGGUUCAGCAGAAGUGUUGUACAUUGAUGGAAUACAGUAUGAAGAUAGUUUCAAGGUGUGCAGGAUAUCUUUUUUGCUAAAAACGAAUGAUAUAUACCUGUACCUGCAAAUGUAGAAGCGUUUUUGUGCAAUAAAAUGCUUGGAAUGAUCACCAGUAUGUCAAGUUUUAUGCCAGAUACAACUGUUUUUAUUAGAACUUUGUGUCACUUUCUGUCUUGUAAAUGUCAGUCUUUCUUUCUUCAACUUUCCUUCCAGUUCAGUCCUUUCUUUUAAAACAUUUGUAUAUGUUUUCAUUCAUUGACAUUUUAUAUCAUUGUUGGUAUGUCACAAAGCAGUGAAUAAUAAGUAUAUUGUGUAAUCAAAUUUUAUUUUUGAACAUAUAAUAAAUGUACUAUUAAAGAUAA